CCUCCCUCUGUCACCUUCUCACUUCUUCAACGAUCCUGACAUUCUCCCCGUCACGCUCACCUCUCUCAGAACAUCAUCAACCACAAGAAGUAAGAAAUUCUCCCUCCUACACUUAUCUCUUCUCGUCCCAUCUUCAACCCCGGAAGCAGAUCACAGUCAAAUGCGACAGGAACCCCUCUCAGCGCUGACCUUCUAUCUUGCCACCUCCAGAUCACAACAUCUCCCCACAAGCAACGAUGGCCGACGCGAACGCCUCGCCCACCGCCGGUGAUGCCCCGGCUCCCGUCGAGCACCUGAACAUCAAAGUCACCGACAACAACAACGAGGUCUUCUUCAAGAUCAAGCGGUCAACCCAGCUGAAGAAGUUGAUGGAUGCGUUCUGCGAGCGUCAGGGUAAACAGCCUACGACCGUCCGUUUCCUGUUCGACGGUACCCGUGUGCGUCCUGAGGAUACGCCAGACACUCUCGAAAUGGCCGAUGGAGACACCCUUGAAGUCCACCAGGAACAGAUCGGUGGUUAAAUAGAGAAACCUUGCCUUCUUAUCCCGAUGAAUUAAUGAUGAAUGUGGUCCUUUUUUUUUUCCCUCUUCUUACAUACAUCUUCCUCCAACAACGAACAACAACAUUGAGCCAGUCAUGCUUCUUCCGCUUUCAAUACUUCCUUAUCAUCCACAUUCUUCUUUUGCG